GCGGUCGCCCGGGAGACCGGGGAAGCCGUUUUACACCCUGCGGAGUCCCGGGCUAGACUGUUUUUCUGCAGUGCUCUCUCAGUACGUUUGGGGGAAUUAUGGAUCGUCACAUUCCCAUGCAUGCCUUACCUGAAGAAAUCCAAAAGAUGUCUCCUGAAGAAACAGUUUGUAAAUACUGUGGUGUCAGCUAUCUAAUUCUUCAUGAAUUUAAGGCUAUGGAAGAAAAACUGAAAGCAGUGCAAGAAGAAAUGAAAUUUUAUCAAGGAAGUGUAGAACGAGAAAAGAGACUUCAAGAAAAGCUGCAGUCUCUUAGCCAGGAGUUUGAACAGUACAAAACUGACAGCGAGUCCAAGAAGGAAAGAGUUCAAGAUGCAAACAUACAGCUAAAAAAGCAACAAAAUGAACUUCAGAGAGUACAGAAAGAAUUAGGUCAUCUACAACUUGAGUCAAAAAUUAAACAAAAACAAUCUCAAGUCUUCAGUCAAAGAUUGUCAGAAUACAAAUACUUCUGGAAUAAGACUCUUUUAUUACUUACUUUUACUAAAAGGGAACUAGCAAGUAUUAAAUAUGAAAUAUAUGAUAAUUUUCAAAACUGGACUUCACUGAAAGGAGAAGUUUUUCUUCAAAUUAAAUCUAUAAGUGAUACAGCUUUGGCAGAGAUAGAUAUGUUAAAUAAAAAUCUGACAGUGUCCCAGAGAAAUAAGGUAUGCCUGGAAGAGGAAAUGAAAAGUCUCAAAUUGUUGUCGGAUGCAGCCAUAUUGAGGUCUCAGCAGAUGGAGGCAUCCAAACAGCAUGAAGUGAACUUGCAAGCCCGGUGCUAUGAACUGCAGAAGGAAGCACUAGAUUUACAGUGUCAAGUAGAGGCACUUGGGUUGAGACAUCAGAAGACAGCAAAGGAGCUGGACAACUGUAAAGAGAUGCUCAUGAAAAGAUCUAACGAUGCUGAUAACUGUGAAAGAGAACUUAGAAAACUGAAGUUUGAGUCCAUUAUCUCUGAGUCAAGGCACAAAAGGCUACUUAAAGAAAAAGAAGACUCUUUAAUUACUUGUCAACAACUAUAUAAAACCGUACAGGAAGAGCUAACUACAAAAGAAAGACAAGAGGAAGAUGUAAAACGAAGAAUCAACCUUGCAGAAAAUGAACUAGAGAAGACCAAAGCUCUCCUGCUUCAGACACAGGAAGAAAUUUUAGCACUGAAAAAUGAAAGGGAAUUGAUGCUGGUUUCUCAUCAGAAAAGCAUCCAGCAGCUGCAGGAAACCCUGAGACAGAAGCUGCUGAGUGAUGACAGCUGGAGGGAGAAGAUUGAAGCUGAGCUCAACAAGGAAAGAGCCCGGCAUCUCAUUGAGUUCCAGGACCAAGCUCUUCUCUUUAAGGAGGAAGCUAAACUGGAACUUGACAUUGAAAAAAAAAAACACCAGGAAAUAAUCCGGAAGUAUCAGCAAGAACAUGAGGGCCUGCAGAGGAAGAUAGCUGGCCUAAUCGCAGAUGCUACAAAAGACCUGAGGCUGGAAGUGGCCUCUCUCCAAGAAAAACUCCAGGAAUCCCAUGCACGAUACACAGAAGAGUCUGAAUCAAAGAAAAAAGAAAUUGAAGACCUGAAAAAUCUGGUUGCAGAAUUCGAGUGUCGUUUGAAGAAGGAAACUGGCCAUGAUGAUUCAGUUUCCGAAGAGUUGAAGAAGGAAAUGAAACAGAAGUCAGAUGAGCUGGAAAGAGUAAGGCUGGCCCAGACACAGCUGCUGCAGCAGUUCAGUCAGUCACAGGAAGAGAACACUUUUCUCCAGGAAACAGUGCGCAGAGAGUGUGAAGAACGCUUUGAACUAACGGAGGCUUUGAGUCAAGCUAAAGAACAGCUCCUGGAGCUCAGGAGGAGCGGAGGAAACUUACCAUGUUCCCUCAAUAAGGGUGCCCUAACCUCCCCUGCCUCGGCAGUCGGUAAUCACCGCGAGCUAAGCAGUGUGAGACAGAACUGUGGACGAGGCACCGGCACGCCCAGCCUGCGUGGACUGCCAAAACCCACGGAUUCCCCAACCCCUGAGAAGCUCAAGAAGGUCGGCAGCUCCGGACUGCCCUCCCUUUCCCAUGCAUAUCCACCCAGGGGCCGAGCCAUUUCAGUAAAUGAGGCCAGGCAGAGGCUGACAGCCAUCCUUUGCAGGAGGCUGAGUCAGCAGUGAUGACCUGCUUCAGGAGGGUUCCACCCUCGGUGCACACACCCUUUCACAGCAUGGCAGAGACUCACUGUAACCGGGAAACAAACAAAC